GGCUCCUCCAAGUUUCCAACUUUUUUUUGUUUUUUUUUUGUUUUUUUGACAAAGCUCAUCAUUUCUGGAGUAAUAACAUUAAAAAGAGCUGGUAAACACCCCCAAAGGCCCCAAUCACUGAAUCAGAGGAUAGAGAAAAAUGGAAGUUCAAGUGUUGGAGGGCAGCGGAAGAGGCGGAGCAGCGUAUUCAUUGAAAGCAAAUCGAUACAGCAACGAAGACAUACUUUUCUGUAUUGAUGUUGACAACGAAAGUAUGGUUGAAAUGAAGAACACUGGCCCAAAUGGACGACCCAUUACCCGACUUGAUUCUAUCAAACAAUCCAUUCUCUUAUUCAUCCAUGCCAAACUCACCAUUAAUCCCAAUCAUCGUUUUGCCUUUGCUUCUCUUUCUCAUUCUGCUUCUUGGGUGAGAAAGGAGUUUACAAGUGAAGUUGAUUCUGCAAUCACUGCAUUUCGGGGGUUGUCUGUGAGCUCAUCAGGAGGUCAGGCAGACCUUACCCAGUUGUUUCGAGUUGCUGCUCACCAAGCCAAAAAAUCUCGGUCUCAAAAUCGAAUAUUAAGAGUGGGCUAUGAGUCAGAAAACGGUGUACUUUGUGGAGUAUUUGAUGGUCAUGGGAUAGACGGUCAUCUAGUGAGCAAGGAUGUUAGUCGCCGCUUGCCAUUGUUAAUCCUAAAGCAAAAGAUUGCAAUGUCAGUGCCACAGACAAGAAGUAACAGCAAAAGUGAUCAAACAACAAAUUUGGGUUGUUCAUCACUAAACAACAGCAAGGAACUCCUUACAUGGAAGGAGGCAUGUAUAAAAGCUUUCCAAGAAAUGGAUGAUGAAGUGCUUAAGAAGGUGCUGUCAGAGAGGCGCGAUUUUUUCAGUGGAAGUACUGCAGUAGUAGCUCUGAAACAGAGUGACGAUCUACUCAUCGCGAACCUUGGGGAUUCAAGGGCUAUUCUAGGAUGCAGAGGAGAAAAAGGAGUUACUGCUGUUCAAUUAACCACUGAUUUAACGCCUGGCAUACCUGAUGAAGCUGACAGAAUAAGAAGGUUCAACGGCAGAGUGUUGGCAAUGAAGAACGAACCGCAUGUCAAACGAGCAUGGUUACCUCUUAUUGACAGACCUGGCCUGGCUAUGUCUCGUUCCUUUGGAGAAGUUUUAAUGAAAAAGUGUGGCAUAAUCUCUACUCCAGUAAUCACUCAUCACCACAUUACUCCGAACGACUUGUUUAUCUUGCUUGCUAGUGAUGGGAUAUGGGAUGUCCUGAGCAAUGAGGAAGUAGCAUCAGUAGUAUGGGGUGUACAGCAAGAAGAGAUGGCCGCAAAAGCAGUUAUAGAUGCUGCAGUUGUAGCAUGGAAGAAGAAGUUUCGAUUUGACAAGCGUGACGAUUGCACUGUUGUCUGCUACUUCCUACAGAAGAAGGGUCAGAGUCAUCAGACAUCAGCAAAUCCACCUCUUGAAACAAAGCUUCCAUAAUCAUAAUUUAGGAUAUUUUAAACAUUGUACACAAAUUACAGUACAGGUACUUAAGGACCACUCUUUGUAUGUACAUAUUAAUAACCCUGUUAAUUGAUUGUAUAAGGUGAUCUUGACUCGAAAAAGGGACUCGAAGAAGAGGUUUUACACUUGAUCUUUUGUGGUAAGCAAGGUUGAAGAAUGAAGAUUGGGGUGUGAAAUCGAUAAAUUGUUUCGAAUGUGUACAGAUUUUAGAAAGAUUCAAGACUCUAUCAUCUAUUCCCCUGUAAGUUGUAACAAAUAGAGUAGAGUAUGAAUGUGUAUUGGGUAGAUAUUGUAAAGGUCUUGUGGGAAAGUAUACUAGCACGUGCUUGUGACAAUCGCUUC